GUUCUACAACUUUCCUUCUUCAGCAGAGAGAAAGGCGCUGCUGGUCGCGGAUGCGGAGAAACCGAGACGUUUCGGCAAGUCCUCCAAGGAAGAGGAAAGCUGCACCUACGCGUCUCCUAUCAUCGGCGAUUACGGUCAGGUAAAGAGAGUGGUUCAAGACAUUGCCGACAAGGCUCGAGACGCCUCUGAAGUUACAGUAUCCAACGUGGUAGCGAAGUCGUCUGAUGCUUACAAGACCUUCUCUUCUCACAUUCGCAACCAUCCUGCCGAAUCUGCUGGAAUUGCGUUCUCGGGAGCUGCCUUGUUUGCAUUGAGGUCGAAGCUAUCCGGUUCUGAUUCCAAAGCCUCAAAGGCUCCUGUCAAGAAUGAGACCCUCCUGUCAAUGAGCUGGAGCAAAAUGGCUGAAACUGCCAGUUCUGCUCUCUACGUCCCUCCCCUCCUCACCGAAUCCGCCUUGCUCGCAAGGAGAUGGGUGAAUGCAUCGCAUGAUGUCAUCAGCAACUUCUUCACUGAUGUCAGCGACUCUGUUUCUGUGGACAAGGUGAAGGGAACAGCUCAAGGGAAGGUGUUGUACUCGGGCAACUUCGUACUCGACCUGCAGAAACGGACAAAAGUGGGGGGGCUGUUGAUAUGGAACAAGCCAGGAAGCUACAAGGCGUCGAAGCUGAUGAAAGGAGGGAGCAGAGACUUCAUGGUGGAGGUCAGCACUGAUGGAAAGAAAUGG